AUGAGAAGGUCGGGUCUUGUUGGUAGACUUUUCCCCGGCACUGGUCGUUUGCAGCACUCUCGGCGCCUCCUCGGGGACGAGUCCAAAAAAGAUAGCGAUCCGUUGGCUUUCGAUGCUGUUGAAAGACAAAAAGAGGUUGAUCCAUUUCGUGUCGGUUACAAUAUGGGAAUGCAAAGUGUUCACCUAGAAGCGAUUCGAAUGAAGCUUACGGAUCACAUAGAACUUUUCAAAUCACAUUUUCAUGGAUUGACUGACCUACUGAAGUCGAAUCAAGACCAGGUUGCACAACUACAAGGGCAGUACAGUAAGACCGUUGUUAGUGAAGUAAAGGAAUCAAAUGGUCAGUUUGUAGCGCAGCUGACAGCUGUAGAGCGACAAUUAAGAAAUAUAGAGGAAUCACUGAAAAGUACGGUGGAUGACCGAGUUACUGGACUUCAACGACAUAUCGAUGAUUGCUUCGAAAAUUUGAAGGACACUGUCAAACUUGGUUUUCUUGUUCUUAUUUUUCUCAAUCUGUGGAUGUUUUACACGAUUUCGCAAAACCACCGUCAACUUAUGCAAAAUCGAAGUUUGCAAAAAUUUUCUGGGUUUCCACCGCGAGGGCAAAAAUGA